AUGGCUGUCAAAGGGCUAGUUGCAGCAAUUGUUCAGUUUUUAACCCAGCAGUUAAAGGAUGGUGAUAUUACAGCAGAUUCUCGGGAGAGUCUUGAAGUGGCAAUACAGUGUUUAGAGAGUGCUUAUAAUGUCCAAGCAUCUGAUGCUCCCGGAAAUUUGAAUUUAUACGAAGUAUAUAAGUCUGCUAUAGAAAAUGCGAAACCUCAGGUUCCAGAAGCUACUCCUGAAGCAAAAGCUGAAGCUGAGAGAUUAAAGAAUGAAGGAAAUGCUCUCAUGAAAGCUGAAAAACACCAUGAAGCACUUGCUAAUUAUACAAAAGCUAUUCAAUUAGAUGGCCGUAAUGCUGUAUAUUAUUGUAACCGUGCUGCAGCAUAUAGUAAAAUUGGCAAUCACCAGCAAGCAAUUAAAGAUUGUCAUAAUGCACUGUCUAUUGAUCCUUUUUACAGUAAAGCAUAUGGUCGAUUAGGUUUAGCAUACUCUAGCUUGGACAGACAUAAAGAAGCUAAAGAAAGCUAUCAAAAAGCUUUGAACAUGGAACCUGAUAAUGAAAGCUAUAAAAAUAAUUUACAAGUAGCAGAAGAAAAACUGGCUCAGCAAGGCAUGAGCAAUAUGGGAUUGGGUGGAGGUGUGUUUCCAGGUAUGGAUUUUAGUUCGCUUUUGAGUAAUCCUGCUCUUAUGAAUAUAGUACGUCAAAUGUUGUCUGAUCAAGCCCUUCAAAACAUGGUGGGCAAUUUCAUAAGCGAGAAUGCAGAGCAAGGAGUGCGCAUGGAUGCCCUUUUGGAAGCUGGUCAUCAAUUUGCACAUCAGUUGCAAAAUACUAACCCCGAGUUGAUCGAAUCUUUAAGACGGCAAAUGGGAGGCAAUCCGAAUGACCCUGAUCCACCACAGCAAAAUUAA